GGCAUUGGAGGUGUGGUGCAGGCUACAGGGCUGGUGAUGAUGCUGAUGAGCCUCGGGGGACUCCUGGGCCCUCCCCUGUCAGGUUUCCUAAGGGAUAAGACAGGAGACUUCAGUACCUCUUUCCUGGUGUGCAGCUCUUUCAUCCUCUCUGGCAGCUUCAUCUACAUGGGGCUGCCCAGAGCCCUCCCAACCUGCCGUCCAGUCUCACCUCCAGCUACCCCUCCCCCUGAAAGAGGGGAGCUGCUCCCAGUUGCACAGGUCUCCCUGCUCUCGGCAGGGCGCGCUGACUCCUCCCGGGAUACCGCUUGUUGAUAACUUUCUCAUUUGAGCCCCUUCCCUAAUAAAGGAUUUUUAUCUGA